AUGGCACUAGGUGUUAUGAGUAAGGAACGGGGACAUAAGCAAAUGGAACAUUCUUACACAAAAGUUGAUAUGGGUAGUCCUUUGGGUACGUUGGACCCUUCUCACAUUACAAAUAUGGUGGUCGAUCAAGCUGGACUUGGUCUGGACCAUCGUCCUUUUGCAACCCCCAUUCCUCCCAAUCAUCGCCCAUAUCAAGACGGAAUAUUAUUGAGUCCUCGAGAUGGUAUGGACAGCCAACCUCCUGUUAAUCAGUCAGGGACGCCAAAUUCUUUGCAUGGUGCUUCACACAUGCAGCAUAUGCAAUCAGGAAGUCCGUCCCUAGGGCAACCUGUGACUCCUAAGCAAAUGAUGCAGCAACCUCCACUAACACCAGGAGGGCAAUAUCCUCCUGAUUAUCAACAACAAAUGCAUCAUCCACAGCAGCAACAUAUGCACCCACAGCAACAAUACCAACAAAUCCCGCAGAGUCCUAACCAUGGGAUACAAGCACAUUUAGCUCAAGGUGGCGUUAUGGGAAAUGAAUCAUCUCCAGUGUAUCAAAGACAAAUGAUGCAGCAACAACAAAUGAUGCAGGCUGGACCUCAACAUAGUCAUAUGAAUCCUAUGAUGGGUGGCAGCCAACCCAUACAAUAUCCACAAUAUGCUCAGCAGCCUCAACAACAGGGCCAACCUCCUCAACAACCACCCCCUAAUCAAGCUCCACAAGCACCACCGCAAGGACAGACUCCGCAACAGGCUCAGCAGCACCAACAACAAUGGGCUCAGCAGCAGCAACAGCAUCAAAUGCAACAGCAGCAUUAUCAAAGACCCCAAAUGCUGCCACAAGCACAGGCAGGACAGAGGGUAAUGAUCCAACGAGUUCCAUAUCCUCCAGCAUACAUGGGAGGGAUACCACAACAAGGUGCACCAGCCGGAGCUGCACCUCCGUAUCCUGUUAGACCAGCUCCACAAGCGGCUACUCAAAUGCAGAGAACCGCUUAUCAAGGUGGACAGCAAGCAGCACCACAACCCAUGCCUGCAUAUCCUCAAGGGCAUCCCGGAUAUCAGCAACAACAGUACCAGCCACAGAUGUAUCAAAGACAACAGAUUGGACAACCCAUGCGACCAUAUAUAUCUCCUCAAGGUGCUAUAACUCCAAAUCAUCAAGCAGUUUAUGGUGCAGCACCACAACAGCCAACUACGCCACAAGGUGCUCAACCUCCUUUUGCUCCUGGAGGUCCUAGUCGUUUUCCCCAAGCUACUCCUUCGCCUCAUGGUCAAGCUGAUCUCAGAUCGCCUAAUCUUAUGUCUCCUAACCAGCCUAUGCAACCUAUGCCUCAGCCUCUACCUCCACAAAUGAAUAAUGGUCCUAUGCGAAUGCCUCCGAAUGUUCAACCCUCUCCUAGUAGUUUUUAUGCUCACGAUCCUCAGAUAGCAGCCAAUAUAAGUCCAGAACUUUGUCUUGCCGGAUGCUUGUUUCAUAUAUUGGAGAUUGAAAAGUAUACAGAUAAGAUGGAUGGAACAAACUUGGCUCUCGCCAUACGUUUGCGUGGUGGUGAUGUCGACUUUGGCCCAAAGACUUUCAAUGACAAACUUGGCCUCAUAACCCAUGUUAUUGUGGAUUCUUUCAACCAUCCUGGAUGUCAAGGAGCUCUAAGCAAAAGAAAGCGAGUGGUUACCUUACAAUGGCUUAGUGAUACACUAGCAAAAGGAGCAAUGGAAGUCCCAACCCGUCUUGCCCACUUACCGUUUUGCUCUCCAGAGAAACCUUUUCUAGGAAAAUACAUCUCAAUAUCAGGCUUCGAUGAAAGUGAAAGGACAUGUUUGAAAUGGAUGAUUGAAGCUUGUGGUGCUAAAAUGACUCCUUACCUUUGUAAAGCCAAUACAGUUCUGAUAGCCAAAGGAAUAAAUGUUGAGAAGGUUGAAAAAGCAAAGGAGUGGGGUGUUCCUGUUGUAAACUACUUGUGGUUAGCCGAUCACUACAUGGGCGUCCCUAGAAUAGAGAUCGAAAAUUCGAGAUAUCUAGCUAGCCAACAAUGUGAAGUGACGUUCAGUCCUUAUGCGAUUGAAAGCAUGUAUGAGAUAGCAAAACAGUUAUUAGUUCCCUGGAAAACUCCCUUGAUCAUUCAAAAAGAGCAUUGGAAUAGGCAUCUUGAUAUAAAGAAGUUCCUGGAUUCCGAUUAUAACGUUUUCCCUAAUAAACGAUUGAGAAUACAGCAGUUGGCCCCGCCAAGUGAGGAGGAAAUCGUGAGAUUGGAAAAGGAACGCUCAGAAAAAGGAGUAUAUCCCUCAGUGAUUGUUGCGUUCGCUGGCGUUGACGAUGAUAUCAAAGAUCAACUGUCCAAAAAACUACGAUAUCUUGGAGGUAGAGUUGUGGACUCGGUGUCUGAAUGCACACAUCUAGUCGCUUUGCAAGGAAGCAGAUCGGAAAGGUUUUUAGAAGCAAUAAUUUUGGGUAAAAAUAUAGUAAACGCCUAUUGGAUUGUGCACGGGUAUGAAUGCAAACAAUUCAUGGAUACUCUGGACUAUUUCUUACGAGAUGAAGAUAUGGAGAAGCAUCUCGGAUACAGCUGUAAGCGUAGUGUAAUAAGAGCAAGAACAAGGCCAAUUUUUGAGGACUUCACGUUUUAUAUAACCCCUUCUGUAGUUCCACAUCGUUCAAUUUUAUCCCGUCUUAUCAGGUUGGCAGGUGGUAAAGUGGAUGAGGAAAGACCGGAUCCCGCCAAACUAGUCAAAGCCUUGGAAACCGACACGCCUUUUGUAGUUGUUGGUUGUGAGGCAGAUCUCAGAGUUGUUCAAUAUUUGGUGGAUUGCGGUUUCCCUAUAUUCACUUGCGAAUUUGUUUUAAUGUCGAUUUUGCGACAGGAGGUCGAAGCUAAUCCCUUGUACAGGGUUAAUGUACCUCAAGUCAGGAUCCCUCAGAUGAUUCGGGCCGCUCCUAUAAUGAAAGCUUCAUCCCUCAGUGACACUCCGACAAAUCAACCCAUUCAGCCACAGCAGCAAAGAGUGAGAACGUAA